CAAUAAUAGGGUUGUUCCUGAUCAACCCCAAUUUGUGAAUCCCAAAUUAAGCAUCACACUUCUUGAAUCCAUCCCUCAAAUUCAAUGGCUGCAUCUCCGAUUUGCAUAAACGAGACGUUGACCGACGAUGAGUUGAGAUUCAUAUUGUCGAGGCUGGAAAGUGAUCGGGACAAGGAGGUGUUCGGUUUGGUGUGCAAGAGAUGGCUGCAUCUGCAAAGCACGGAGAGGAAGAAGCUCUCUGCUCGAGCGGGGCCACACAUGCUACGCAAGAUGGCCUCGAGGUUCACCCGUGUGCUUGAAUUGGAUCUCUCUCAGUCUGUUUCCAGGUCAUUUUAUCCUGGCCUAACUGACUCCGACUUAGCGGUCAUUGCUGAUGGGUUCAAGUGUUUGAGGGUGCUUAAUGUGCAGAAUUGUAGAGGGAUUACAGAUAAAGGAUUGGCAUCCAUUGGCAGUGGUCUUUCUUCUUUGCAGUCCUUAGAUGUGUCAAAUUGCAACAAGCUUACAGACAAGGGAUUUUCAGCUGUUGUAGAGGGCUGCCCCAACCUUAGAGGGCUGCAUCUUACUGGUUGCAGAUUUGUCACUGAUGAAGCAUUGAAGGCUAUUUCUAGACAUUGUCCCAAUUUAGAAGACCUAGGGUUGUGUCGAUGUACGAAGAUAACUGAUUCUGGACUGGCAGAUCUUGUAAACGGUUGCCAUCAUAUCAGGUUUUUAGACAUCAAUAAGUGCAGUAAUGUCGGUGACACUGGAAUUUCCAGCCUUGCCAAGGCAUGUUCAUCUUCUCUAAAAACACUAAAGAUGUUGGAUUGUUAUAAAGUUGGAGAUGAGGCCAUAUUAUCCUUAGCCAAAUUUUGUGAAAAUCUUGAAACUCUUAUGUUUAGUGGUUGUCAGGAUAUCUCAGAUGAGUCCAUGAAGUCAUUAGCCAUGUCUUGUAAAAAUAGUCUGAAGAAUUUACGGAUGAAUUGGUGCUUAAACAUUUCUGAUUCUUCAUUGAGCUGCAUCUUGACACAUUGUGAAAACCUAGAGGCAGUAGAUAUUGAGUGCUGUGCGGAGGUAACUGACGCUGCUUUUCAAAAUUUAGAGAAUGGUGAAAUUGAAUUACACUUGAAGGUUUUAAAAGUCAGUAACUGUCCAAAGAUCACUGUUUUGGGGAUAGGCAUCCUUUUGAACAAAUGCAAUUCUCUGGAAUAUCUUGAUGUCAGCUCCUGCCCUCAUAUCAGUAAGGAAGGUUGCGAUGAGGCUGGGUUAAGGUUCCCUGAAAGUUGUAAAGUGUACUUCACAACAAGUUUGACCUUGCCAGAUGUGCUACUUUGAGACAUCAUAUAUAAACUAUUGAAUAACAGAGGAAGAUUAUCUCCCUCAAAACUUAUAAACAGCUGCCAGCAAAAUCUCAUAGGUUUAACAUGACAGGUCAGGGCUUUAUGCUAAGUCCAUUCCUGUUCUUGUGCAUGUCCAUGGAUGGGAUUACUUUGGUUUGUUUUCUUAAGUUAGCACUCAUAUCUGUAUCUAUAUCUUGCAUGUAAAUUACUGUUUCCAUUUCUUUGCGGAAUAAUGCUUUACUCUGUUU